ACUUGUCACUUGGUAGUGUCUGGUCUCUACGCUUUCCGGUGGUGGGGGGCGGGGGGAGUGGGGAGUUAGAAGGUCUGCGGUAGCCUAAAGAGGGAUCCUGCAAGGGGGAGCCUGCCUGCUGCCGCUCUUCUCCCCCUCCCCAUUACUCCCCUCCCCCCACCCCAUCGCUGCCGCUUUCCCUUCCGCCAAUUCCGAGAGCGGCGGGCGCCUGUGACAUGCGAUCGCUGCCAAGUGACGGUCCCUGAGUCUGAAGUGCCCGCAAGGAAGUGAGCUCCUACGCGGGCCGCCGGCGAUGACAGCCAUGAAGCAGGAGCAGCAGCCCACCCCGGGGGCGAGGACAAGCCAAGCGCAACCAGCGGACCAGGAACUGGGAAGUAACAGCCCUCCACAGAGAAACUGGAAGGGAAUUGCUAUUGCCCUGCUGGUGAUUUUAGUUGUAUGCUCACUCAUCACUAUGUCAGUCAUCCUCUUAACCCCAGAUGAACUCACGAAUUCAUCAGAAACCAGGCUGUCCUUAGAAGACCUCUUCAGGAAAGAUUUCAUGCUUCACAAUCCAGAGGCUCGAUGGAUCAAUGAUACAGAUGUGGUGUAUAAAAGCGAGAAUGGACAUGUCAUUAAACUGAAUAUAGAAACAAAUACUACCACAUUAUUAUUGGAAAACACAACUUUUGUAACCUUCAAAGCAUCAAGACAUUCAGUUUCACCAGAUUUAAAAUAUGUCCUUCUGGCAUAUGAUGUCAAACAGAUUUUUCACUAUUCGUAUACUGCUUCAUAUGUGAUUUACAACAUACACACUAGGGAAGUUUGGGAGUUAAAUCCUCCGGAAGUAGAGGACUCCGUCUUGCAGUAUGCAGCCUGGGGUGUCCAAGGGCAGCAGCUGAUUUAUAUUUUUGAAAAUAAUAUCUACUACCAACCUGAUAUUAAGAGCAGUUCCUUGCGACUCACAUCCUCUGGGAAAGAAGGAAUUAUUUUUAAUGGGAUUGCUGACUGGUUAUAUGAAGAGGAACUUCUGCAUUCUCACAUCGCCCACUGGUGGUCCCCAGAUGGAGAGAGGCUUGCCUUCCUGAUGAUAAAUGACUCCCUGGUGCCUAACAUGGUUAUCCCUCGGUAUACUGGAGCAUUGUAUCCCAAAGCAAAGCAAUAUCCAUAUCCCAAGGCAGGUCAAGUGAACCCAACAAUAAAAUUAUAUGUUGUAAACCUAUAUGGACCAACGCAUACUUUGGAACUCAUGCCACCUGACAGCUUUAAAUCAAGAGAAUACUAUAUCACUAUGGUUAAGUGGGUAAGCAAUACCAAGACAGUGGUGAGAUGGUUGAACCGACCUCAGAACAUCUCCAUCCUCACGGUCUGUGAGACCACUACUGGUGCCUGCAGCAGGAAAUAUGAGAUGACAUCAGACACCUGGCUCUCUAAACAGAAUGAGGAACCUGUAUUUUCUAGAGAUGGCAGCAAAUUCUUUAUGACAGUUCCUGUCAAGCAGGGAGGCCGUGGAGAAUUCCAUCAUAUAGCUAUGUUCCUCAUCCAGAGUAAAAGUGAGCAAAUUACUGUGCGGCAUCUGACAUCAGGAAACUGGGAAGUGAUAAAGAUUUUGGCAUAUGAUGAAACGACUCAAAAAAUUUACUUCUUGAGCACCGAGUCUUCUCCCAGAGGGAGGCAGCUGUACAGUGCUUCUACAGAAGGAUUAUUAAAUCGUCAAUGUAUUUCAUGUAAUUUUAUGAAGGAACAAUGUACAUAUUUUGAUGCCAGUUUUAGUCCCUUGAAUCAACAUUUUUUAUUAUUCUGUGAAGGUCCAAGAGUCCCAUUGGUGAGCCUGCAUAGCACUGACAACCCAGCAAAAUAUUUUAUAUUGGAAAGCAAUUCUAUGCUGAAGGAAGCUAUCCAGAAGAAGAAGAUAGUAAAGUCAGAGAUAAAAAUACUUCAUAUCGACGAUUAUGAACUUCCUUUACAAUUGUCCUUUCCCAAAGACUUUAUGGAUCGAAACCAGUAUGCUCUUCUAUUAAUAAUGGAUGAAGAACCAGGAGGUCAGCUGGUUACAGAUAAGUUCCACAUUGACUGGGAGUCUGUCCUUCUUGAUACGGAUAAUGUGAUUAUAGCAAGAUUUGAUGGCAGAGGAAGUGGAUUCCAGGGCCUCAAAAUUUUACAGGAGAUUCAUCGAAGAUUGGGCUCAAUAGAAGUAAAGGACCAAAUAGCAGCUGUGAAAUUUUUACUGAAACUGCCGUACAUUGACUCCAAAAGAUUAAGUAUUUUUGGAAAGGGGUAUGGUGGUUAUAUUGCAUCAAUGAUCUUAAAGUCAGAUGAAAAGCUUUUUAAAUGCGGAUCUGUGGUUGCACCCAUCACAGACAUGAAGUUGUAUGCCUCUGCUUUCUCUGAAAGAUACCUUGGUAUGCCAUCCAAGGAAGAAAGCACUUACCAGGCAUCCAGUGUGCUACAUAAUAUUCAUGGCUUAAAAGAAGAAAAUAUAUUAAUAAUUCAUGGAACUGCUGACACAAAAGUUCAUUUCCAGCAUUCAGCAGAAUUAAUCAAGCACCUAAUAAAAGCUGGAGUGAAUUAUACUAUGCAGGUCUACCCAGAUGAAGGUCAUAAUGUAUCUGAGAAGAGCAAGUAUCAUCUCUACAGCACAAUCCUCAGAUUCUUCAGUGAUUGUUUAAAGGAAGAAAUAUCCGUGUUACCACAGGAACCAGAAGAAGAUGAAUAAUGGACCCUAUUUAUACAGAACUGAAGGGGAUAUUGAGGCUCAAUGAAACCUAACCAAGAGACUGUCAUAUUGUAGAUGCUCAGAGUUUCAAGGGCAGCUUAAGGAGAUGACACUGGAACAGCACACUCAGAGAUAAUGAACUAGAAUUUGAAGACCGAAGUCCAAGUCUACUGUGUUGCCAAGGGUGCAGAAUCUGUUGCUUUGUAAAAGAAGGUCAAAGGGUUGGUUUCCUGGGAGAAAUUAGUUUUACAUUAAAGUAGGAAUAGUGCAUGUUUUCUUCUGUUAUCCCCGUUUGUUCUGUAACUAGUUGCUCUCAUUUUGAUUUCAAUAGCCACCACCAUCUCUGCACAUAAUGCACAACUUACCGUCAGUACUACAGUCCCUGAUCUCUGAUGGCUGAGCUGCAGUCUAACACUUUCCUGUACCUUUACAAUAAGUGCAAUUCUUUCAUUGUCUAUUAUUAUGCUUAAGAAAAUAUUCAGUUAAUAAAAGCAGAGUAUUUUAUGUAAUUUCUGUUUUAGAAAAACAUUAUUAAAUGAGUCGAAGGACAUGUAGGAAUAUGGAUUUCAGCACCUUCCAAAGUUCAGCCAGUGAUCAGUAGAUACAAUAUAUUUAAAUCACACGAGUGUAUCUCUCAAGAUACGUAUGUACACGUGUGCAUAUACAGUGAAUCUAUCUUUAUGUGUUAUUCAUGCUACCAAGGGUACACUUUUGAUGAAUUAGAAAAGAUGCUCUUUUACAGGCUAUAAUGGAUGCUUUGUUUAAUGAGCCAAAUAUGAUGAGACAUUUUUUUCCAAUUCAAAUUCUAGCUAUUGCUUUCCUAUAAAUGCUUGGGUUGUGUUUGGUAUUGUUUUUAGUGGUUAAUAGUUUUCUAGUUGCAAUUUAAUUUUUUGAAUAUGAUACCUUGUCACAUGUAAAUUAGAUACUUAAAUAUUAAAUUAUAGUUUCUGAUAAAGAAAUUUUGUUAACAAUGCAAUGCCACUGAGUGCUAUUUUGCUCUAUUGGUAGAGAAGACUUCUUUUUCAAACACUGGGUCCUUUUUCUCUCCUCAGUGCAGAAUCAAUUCUCAUUUUCAUUGUAAAAGCAAAAAUCUGGAUUAUUUCAUUUUCUAGUUUUUAUUUAGUAUUCCAUGCCUGCCCAAUUCAUCUGUUACUGUUUAAUUUAAAUCCUUCUGGUGAGAAUUAGAAAUGAAAUAUUUUUAUUCAUUGGCCAAAAAGUUCACAAACAGCAAUGUUUGCUAUUUAAUUUUAAUCAAAGGCACAAAAUGCAUUAAUUCCUGUGUUCUGUUGACUUGCAGCAGUAAGUAACUGAAGAGUGUGAAAUAAACUGGACUGUGUAGAGUGAAAACAAGUCAUGAGAAUAUGAACAGUGGUGACUGAAGUGAAAGAGCAUCCUCUUACUUUGCAUAUGGGAUCUUGCAGCAGAUGCCUAAAAGUGUAACCAAGCUUUGAAAGGCAGGAAAUCUAGGCAGUAUGCUGUGUUUUCAUGGUCAGAAAAAAAGUUUGUAGGCAAGACUGGAUUAUCAUGUAUCUGAAUACCAGGAGGAAAUUUCUGAAUGACAAGAAAUCUCUCAGUCACCCUCCUGUUUUGUCAAAAGAUCAACCUAAAAUCCUGGGUGUUUAGAAAUAUGUGAAUCACUGAUUGGGUCUUCCACUUUGCUUCUGGAUGCUUUGGAAUUAUGUCUUCACUGCUCCAUUAGAUUCAACUUAAAAUGGGAAAGGCUCUCUCCUCUAAAAGACCCAUUUUAGGUCUUUUUCAAGAAUAGUAAACACAUUUUUUAACAAAAUAAGUUGUAAUGUUUAAAAGGAAAGUUUUGCCUAUUUUAUUAAGAUGGAAAAUUUCUUUUUAGGCUAAUUUGAAGUCCAACUGAAGCUUUUUAAUCAAUAUUUUAAAUUUCAACCACUAGAGUUUUUUACAAUGCAAAUUAUUAUGUUGUCUGAACGAUGUGGUUUUAUUGAAUGUCAAUUUGAGUAACAUUUAAAAAGUAUUGACCUUUUACUGUUCAUCAUUUCUCGUUUUAUUAUUAUUAUCAAUGUUUAUCUAUUUUUCAAUUAAUUUAAUACAGUUUGUAAUGUGAAAGACAUUUGUCUGGGACCCACUUUCACCUUAAAGUCUAAGUAGAUCUAAAUGAAAACAACUGUUUAGUAGGAAGGUAGAAAUUUUUUAUCUUUGUGAUUCUUUAAGUUCUAAUAACUGGUCCACUAUAUAAAGGAAAUGCUCACCAACACAUACUCGCUGAUUAUCAAAGAAUUUAUGUAACUGGAUUUUUCCUUUAAUAUUUGCCUUGGUCAUAAUCACACUAUUUCAAACAUAUUUAUGCAUUCUGAAAGUGUCCUCAACAGCAAGCUUUCAAAGUGUUAUUUUCCCUUUAAGAAAAACACCAUGGUAAACUAAAAAUGCUGUAACAAAAUAAGUAAGCAAUAUUAACUCAUUCAUACAAACAUAUGACUAAUAGUUUUUUAAGCUAUUUUGCAAGACACAAGUGUUUUUUUACUUUGCUUCAAUCAAGAUCGCCAACUGGCAGGCAUUGUGGCACAUGCCUGUAAUCCCAGCAGCUCAGGAGGC